CGUCUCCAUGGCAACGUCUCCGGCAUCCCGAGCCCCGCCCCCCAACCCGCCGCGAGGACCGGAAGCAGCGUCCUGUUGGGCGCUUCCCCGGCUUCUCCCCCAAAACGCGGGGUCGUCCUUCCGAGGCCGGAGGAGUGUCCAUAAGGAGAGUUUCACCUUCUUGAAGAUUAAAGCCCAGCAGUUCUGAGCUAUUCCUAGUCCAAAUGUCUGCAAAAUUGAGAGAGACAUCAAAACUCCUUCCACAAACUUCAGGGGACCCUGACUGCAUUCUGGUAAUGAAGGUGGAAGAGGGAGGGCAGGCCUCUAAUAUGGUCUCCAGCCGCCACUGGAGCAGCUACUACAGCUCAGAGACCUACCGCCAGCGGUUCAGGCAGUUUGACUACCAAGAGUCAUCUGGGCCCCGGGAGGCUCUGAGCCGGCUCCGCGAGCUGUGCUGUCAGUGGCUGAGGCCAGAGGUGCAUAGCAAGGAGCAGAUCCUGGAGCUGCUGGUGCUGGAGCAGUUCCUGGCCAUGUUGCCUGAGGAGCUGCAGGCCUGGUUUGAAGAGAACCGACCAGAGAGUGGAGAGGAAGCCGUGGUGAUGCUGGAGGAGCUGGAGAAAGAGCAUGACAGGGCGGCUGAACAGGUCUCUCUUGGACGAAAUGAGGACAUGCUUGCAAAGAAGCUAUCAACUUGUGAAAUCACUCAGGAGACACCACGUAGCCAGCUUAAGCCCACAAAAAAGCAACUGCAGUGGGCAUCGAAGGAGCAUCACACCUUAAGACAAAAUGAUAGAGACACCGGAACUAUAAAUGUGAAAUCAGCUUCAAGGCGAAAGACUUCCUCAGGCAAAGAAAUGCAUCACAAAGUUUCUAACACUCUUCAAAUGAAUGCUUCCCAGAGUUUCACAUUUAGAGGAACCUGUGAACAAGAUAGAAAGUUUGAAAGAAGACAGGGAAACCGUACUCGAAAAAAACAACACAAGUGUAAUGAAUGUGGGAAAGUCUUUACUCAGAGCUCAGCCCUUAAUCUACAUCAGAGGAUCCACAGUGGAGAGAAACCUUAUACAUGUGACGUGUGUGCAAAGGCUUUCAGCCGAAGUGCAAUCCUGAUUCAACAUCGAAGAACCCACACUGGGGAGAAACCCUUCAAAUGUCAUGAUUGUGGGAAAGCCUUUAGUCAGAGCUCGAAUCUUUUCAGACAUAGGAAAAAACAUACUAGAGAGAAAGUCCCAUCAGUGCUGUGAGGGAGUCAAACCAUUUAUUGAGAACUUUUUCAACAGGGGAGCAGACACAAGGCACCGAUACUCCUUUAGCAUAAAUCGGUAGUUUCAGUGGGCACCAAUUUCCUUUGAAAGGUUGUAAAAGCCACAGGAGAGAAUGUAGAAUAUUUUCUGUCAGCAUUGUUUGCUUUUCUGUACAGUGUCAGUUCAGACGAUUGAGAUUCUAAAGCUUAAAUCGGAUUUCCAUCCCUAGUGCAACUCUUGAAAAGAUACUCUCAGACAUGUUCUACUGUUUCCAUUAUUAACACAAAUAAUGAACUAGUAUGUUCCUUUUUAGACAAGUACGUUUUCCCUGUUGAGAAGGAGUGUGUGAGUUAGUAUAUAAGUGGGUAUUCUCCAUUUCAUUAUUUGCACAUUGGAGUUACUAGACCAAAGAUUAAAUCAGUUUUUUAAAAAAAUUUCCUGGAAAUUCUCUGGCAGUCCAGUGGUUAGGACUCCACACUUUCACUGCUGCAGGCCUGGAUUCAGUCCCUCAUCAGGGAACUAAUAUCCUCCAAGUCACAUGGCGUGGCCAAAAAUAAUAAUAAUAAAAUAUAAUAAAUUUCCUGUUUUAUUUUCUGUUACCAGAUUCAAAAUAUGAGAAUAAGAUUGAGGAGACCCAAAAGAAUAUGUACCUCAAGACCUAAGCUGAAAUGUCCAGGGUCAUUGUUAGGAAGCAGGUGAGUAAAGGGACUUUACUCGUCUCUUACAAAAACCUGAGAACCUACAUACUGUUUUGUUUCAAUUUUUAAAAUUGAGGUUUAGUUGAUGUAUAAUAUCAUCUAUACGUACUGUUGAUGAUACUAAGUAAUUUCCUGUGUAGGAAAAAAAAAAUUAUCUCCUUUACAAUUUAUAUUGGAAAUAUCUCAGUGAAAGCAUUAAGAUUUGCUCUACGUGUCUUUAGGAAGUGGCCUAAAUAUGAUGAGUGUUCUAAUAAUGAACAGUUAUCUGUGGGUGCUUAUAUAAAGUUGAUGAUCACCUUAACAUAAAGUAAUAAGGAAGAUGAAGAAAAGACUGUCCAAAUGAGACUGAUGUUACCUGGUAAGUGCAGCACAUAAUGGAGAACUGUACUUACCUGGAAAUGGGAACCCUUAACAGCUGGUGACUAUCCUUCAGAGUUCUUCAUGGCCUCUGUUCUGGCAUAAAUCAGCUGUGAACAUGUUUCAGGCAUCCCAGGACAACCUUUUCAGGGUCUUAUGCAUUCUUAGUAAAUGAGUUUCUAGACAAUUUAUCAUGAUGUUAAGACCUUGGAUUUUGAUACUCUUGUACAAAUGAGAAAAUCACUAAAGUUCAAUUUAAAGAGUCCAUUGAGUUUAACCCACAUUUAAUUCAAUCAGAUUCUCUUGUUUAAAAAGUAAAUGACUGGUAUUUUUUUUAAGUAUUCUGACAAUAUAUAACAUAAUGUCCCCCUUUCCAGGGAUUCUUAAUAAAACUCUGUAUGUAUUACAAGAAUACAUGGAUUGUCGUGUCUCCCAUGGUGCCACCGUUACCCAAUAUGGAGGCAACCAUGAGAAAUGAAAGUCCUUAGAAGGAGAAGGGAGGAUAGGCCUCAUGGUGAACUUUGUACCUCAUGAAGGGUAAACAUUUCAUUAUCAGAAAAUCCAGUCAUAUCUAGUGCUUGGAGUAACUCCUGAGACAAAUGUGGGAUUACAUGCUCUGCUUAGUUAGAAUAUUGAUAAAUAUUAGAUUAGUAAGGGGAGAGGAGAAUACAAAUUUUAAUUUUAGAAUUUUCUGAUAGUGAUUAUACUUUGUAGCUCUAGUAAAUAUGAAUGAGUAUUGAGUUUUGUACAUUUUCAUUUAUUAAAAAUGUAGGAGUCUUUUUAUUUGGGUCUCAUUCUUUUUGUAAUUAAAGAGAGGAACAAGCCAUCUAUUAAAGCAGCAAAUGCCUCAAAAGAUACAUGUAUUGUGAAUUACUGCUUAAUCAUGGAAAGUUUUUUGGGUGCUAUGUGAAUAAAAUGACAGAAUCUAAAUCAAGUAUUCUGAGGGAAGCGUCUUUGUUCACUUGCUUCUGCCAUAAACUUUGCAAGAUUACAUUGUCUUCAGUGUGAAUAAUCUGAACUUCUCCACCAGACAGUGAUGUGAAUCAUAUCAUCUUAGAAUAACGAAUCUUUAAAGGGUGUCGCUGAGUACUCUAAAAGUUAUCUUGCACUUACACAGGUCUCCUAAUAAGUAGAAGGUGCUAGUUUAUCUAACUGGAGAAUUAAUAUGACUUGGUAUAACCUUGAUAAAAUUAGCAUAUUAGCACCCCAUCAAACUGAUUAAUUUCCACAGAUAGUAAAUACUCCAAAAUGAAAUUGGUGUUUUUUAAAUGAAUUUCACUUCAUCUGAGCCUUUAUUAUUAUCUCUAAUCCUAUGUUCCCUCUUUCUCUCCCAUUCUCUUCAG